AUGUUUACCAUGUCUCUGGGAACUUCCCUUCUUCCUGCUCUCUGUUUCCUGGGGGCAGUGAUUCCAAGGGGACUGCAGUAUGUCACCUUUUCACACAACACCACAAAAUUCCUUCACCUGACUAUAGACUCUGAGUCUGGGACCCUUUAUCUGGGGGCCACCAACUUUCUUUUCCAAUUGACAUCAGACCUGAUGAUGGAGAGCGCAGUUCAAACUGGGCCAGUUUUGGACAGCAAAGAUUGUCUCCCCCCUGUCUCAAAGCUGGAAUGUCCCCAGGCACACAACACUGACAAUCACAACAAGCUGUUACUGGUGAACUCUGUGCAGGAGGAGCUCAUUGUGUGUGGCAGUGUGCACCAGGGGAUCUGUGAAAAAAGAAGCCUCAGAUCCAUUGACCACGUUCUCUUCCGACCGGAGAGCCCUGGAGACACUCAGUAUGUGGCUGCAAAUGACCCAAAUAUCACUACUGUGGGACUAGUAGGCCACUCAAAAGAUGACGUGCCCCUGCUGUUUGUGGGACGAGGGUAUACCAGCAGAGGGGUUGGAGGGGGUAUCCCUCCUAUCACCACCCGAAAUCUCAGGGCCCAUGUGGGGGACAUGCAAGGGGCAGACUCUCACUCCAUAUUCUCCUAUGAAGAAACGGCUAAGUUGGCUGUGGGUCGGCUCUCUGAGUAUAACCACCAUUUCAUCAAAUCCUUUACCCACCGCUCCAGCGUUUACUUCCUGUUUUAUCGCCGGGAUCUGAAGUCCCAGUCACGGGAGUACAAGACCUACAUCUCACGAAUCUGUCUGGAUGACUCUCACUAUUACUCCUAUGUGGAAUUACCACUGCUCUGUAGAAGCAAAGAGAAAACAUACAGCCUACUGCAGGCUGCUUAUGUCACCCAACCAGGCAGUGAUCUGAGAAGAGGGAGGUUCAGCACCCAAGGAGAAGUGCUGUUCACUGCCUUUUCUGCCUGGCAGGCUUCGUCUGGCAGACUGAGCGAGGAGUCUGCACUCUGUGUCUAUUCAAUGGAGGAAGUGGACCAACUGACCACUCGGACCAGGGAUGUUUGUUAUACGAAGGAUGGGAAAUCAGAGAAGGGGAUAGAAGUGGCAUAUAUUGAAUACGAUGUCAGUUCCAACUGUGUCCAGCUGCCAGCGGACACUUUGGACGCAUACCCCUGCGGCUCGGACCACACCCCCAGUCCCAUGGCCAGUCGGGUGCCUCUUGAAACAGCCCCCAUCCUGGAGGAGCCGGAAGCCCGUCUGACUGCUGUGGCCGUGAAUGUGGAAGAUGGCCACACCAUUGCUUUUCUGGGGGACAGCAGAGGCCAACUGCACAAGGUGUACUUAGGAGCAAUGGGAGAUGCUAAUACAUAUGCUUCUCUAGUCAUCCACUUGAACAGCAUGGUGAGUGGAGACCUGCUCUUUGACCAGUCGCAGCAGCACCUGUACGUCAUGACCCAGUCAAUGGUGGUAAAGGUUCCCAUAUUAGAAUGUUCACAGUACUUGGACUGUGAAUCGUGUUUGACACUGAAAGAUCCAUACUGUGGCUGGUGUGUUCUCCAGGGACGGUGCAAUCGUCGCUCUGAGUGCUCCAGAUCCAUAGUGAGUGAGCAGUGGCUCUGGAGCUUUAAUUCUACACAGCAAUGUUUAUCCAUCCAGUCACUAAGCCCAGCUAAUAUCAGCAGAGAAGAAAAGAGAAAUAUUUUCCUCACUAUCUUGGAUUUACCAUCCUUGCAUGAGAAAGAAGCCUAUUCAUGUUACUUUGAAGACUACGAGAGUCCAGCAGUUCUGACAGAGUCAGGCAUCGUGUGUCCCUCCCCAGAUCCCAGCCAAGCACCAGCUUUGAAAACAGGAACAGAGCACAUAACUAUAAAGCUAGUGGUGCGUUUCCAUAAUGUCUUCAUUGCUUCAGUGGAUUUCUCUUUCUAUGACUGUGCCGCAGUGGCUUUGCAGUGGAAGUCAGCACCGUGUCAGGGAUGUGUGAGCAGUCACUGGGGAUGUAACUGGUGUAUCCACCAACACCUCUGCACCCACAAAGCAACUUGUGAAGAGGGGACCAUUAUCUACAAUGAGAGGACACAAAUUCCAACCUCAAGUCCAUUUCUUUCUUCAGCUGCUUCCACCACCAUGACCUCUACCAAAACGCUGACUGUGGCCACCAAACCCAUCACUCCCCCAGUCACUAUGGUGGUUACCCACACUCCCAUCACAGAGUCAGUCCCCACCACUCUGCCUGCAGUCUCUGCCAUGACUGCUCAUCCCACAGGGACCUUUAGCCACACACAUGCAUCAACUCCAACUACAGCCAUUCUCACCUUUCUCAAGAUCACCACUGAAUCUACGGUGCUACCCCUAACAGACAAGCCCGCUACUACCAGCCUUGCCACAAAUCCUACUGUAGCAUCUGUCACUACUAGCGCAGCAGAGACUGCAGACCAUACAGCUCUGCCUACCUCUGAACUAGCCACAGCCCCAGAAGUGUGGUUCACUGACCCACCCACCACUGCUGCCUUCAAUACUCUGCAGCCAGUUGUGGCAGCAUUAACCCCUCCCCCUGACAUCACAAAUUCCACGUGGCCUCCCACUACUACUUUACCAACCUCUGAGGCACCCACAUCUGCCAUCCCAUCUCCUUUCACCCCCAACCAAACUUCUAGUGCCCCCACCUCCUCUGCUGAUUUCCCAGGAAACCUAGAGACAGAACUGCCUCCCUCUGAGGUCCCAUCUUCAGUCCUUCCUGACUGGCUACUUGGGGAAGGCACAGAGUUCAAGGACACAGAGGAUUGGAUGGAUUCACUGCAGACCGAGAAUGAUACGUCACCCUUCUCUGCUUCCACUCUUCUCUCAGGCGAUGGAGACUCUUCAGAGAGGGAUGCCCCUGAUUUCCCCAGAAUUCUGCACCCUGAUUUUGACUAUCAAUAUGAUGCCCCUGGAUUUUUGGAGUUGAAUGAGGAGUUUAGCUGGGGUCCUGGAGCCUGUCCCUGUGUGCAGGGCAUUCAGGGAUCCUCUCUGCUCCCAGUCAACGUGGAGCAGAAGAUAACCCUGCUGGGGAAAAACUUCCAUCUGUAUCAGGAUCAGCAAUGGGACUAUGAGUGUGUCCUGAUUGUGGAGGGGAGGACAGUGGUGAUGGAUGCUUAUGUUGAGGGGGAGGAAGCAAACCGAUCACUCUGCUACAUCACAUGUCAGCUACACCAGUAUAGUUACUUGGCACCUCAACUUGAAUUCAAUGCUGUGGUGUUUGUGCAGAGGAAGCAACACCUCCGAGUGGACAGCGCUGUGGAUCUCUAUGUAACUCUCUAUAACUGCUCCAUGGGACACUCUGAUUGCAGCCGCUGCCAAACGGCUGACUCCAAGUAUAACUGUGUGUGGUGUGGAGGGGAGCGGCCCAGCUGCAUCUUCCGAGGAUCCUGCACAGAAGAGAUAGUGGACAUAUGUCCUGCACCACUCAUUUAUUCAGUUUAUCCCCUGUCUGGACCAGUUGAAGGUGGCACUAGACUCACUAUUGCUGGCUCAAACCUUGGCCAGAAACAUCAGGAUAUUGCAGAAACUGUUACGGUUGCAGGAAUUCCUUGUGCUGUAGAUGCUCAAGAAUAUGAAAUCUCCAGCAGUAUUGUGUGCAUCACCGGUGGAAGCUGGGCUGAGAGAUCUGGGCACAUUGCAGUGGAAGUACCUGGAGGAGGACAUGGAGUUUCUGGGCACAUAUUUGCCUAUCAGAACCCAGACCUGAAGUCCAUUGCUCCAUCUCAAGGCCCUAAAGCUGGAGGAACUUGCCUUACCCUGCUAGGCUCCAAGCUGUUGACUGGGCGCCCCAGUGAGAUCAGCGUUCUAAUUGGAGACCUCCCUUGCCACAUUCUCUCUGAGAUGCAGGAGAAUCAGCUACAGUGUCAGACGAGCCCCAGUAACAUGUCUGUGGAGCUUCCAGUAACUAUCAAAUAUGGACACACGGAACGGAGAUUAGAAGGUUUCCUCUUCAAAUACACUCUGGAUCCCAAUAUCACUUUUGCAGAGCCAGCCAAGAGCUUCCUCAGCGGUGGGAGAGUGAUCCGAGUUCAUGGACAUAACCUAGAUGUUGUUCAAAAUCCAAAGAUCCGGAUUACGAUUUCACCAUCAGAACGCCGCCGGAGAGGGCUGGGGAGAUGGCGUAGGAUCAUGCCAGAAACCGAGUGCUCACAGAAUGCCCUGUGCAGCAUCCAGCAGUUUGAAGAACUGUGUCUCAUUAACUCCUCCUACCUUGUCCUGUGUAAAACUCCGGCCAUUAACCUGCUGUUGCGGAUUGUCCAGGUCAAACUGGAAUUUAUUCUGGAUAAUCUAAGCUUCGAUUUCAAGUCCUUGCAUCCCACACCCUUCUCCUAUGAAGUUAAUCCAAUCCUGAAACCCCUGAAUGCUGAGGACCCUGCCAAACCAUAUCGGCACAAGCCAGGAAGUGUCAUCUCUGUGGAGGGGGAAAAUCUAGACCUGGCCAUUUCCAAGGAGGAAGUGGUGGCCAUGAUUGGGGAAGGGGUCUGUGUUGUAAAAACCCUGACAAGGAAUCAUCUGUACUGUGAACCUCCAUCCGAGCAGCCAGCUCCACGACAUCGCACAAAGCUGGAGGGAACGGACUCGCUCCCAGAGUUUACAGUGCAGAUGGGGAAUUUGAACUUCCUGCUGGGCAGAGUGCAAUAUGACACAGAGAGCCAGCUCACCUUCCCCCUGGAGGCCCAGAUUGGCUUGGGUGUCGGAGCCUCCUUUGUUGCUUUGAUUGUCCUGAUCAUUGUCUUCAUCUACAGGAGGAAGAGCAAACAGGCUCUAAGGGAUUACAAGAAAGUUCAAAUCCAGUUGGAAAAUCUGGAAACAAGUGUUCGGGACAGAUGCAAAAAAGAGUUCACAGACCUGAUGACGGAGAUGAUGGAUCUCACCAGUGACCUCGUUGGUACCGGAAUCCCCUUCCUGGAUUACAGAUCCUACGCAGAACGUAUUUUCUUUCCAGGACACCGUGAGUCACCACUGCAGAGAGGCCUGGACAUGCCCGAGUGUCGGCGGCAAACAGUGGAGCAGGGCUUGGUGCAGCUUUCCAACCUCCUCAACAGUAAACUCUUCCUUACCAAGUUUAUCCACACUCUAGAAAUCCAGCGCACAUUCUCUCCAAGGGACCGGGCCUAUGUGGCAUCCCUUCUCACUGUCUCAUUGCAUGGGAAGCUAGAGUACUUUACUGACAUCCUAAAGACUCUUUUGAAUGACCUCGUUGAGCAGUAUGUGGCCAAGAACCCAAAGCUGAUGUUGCGGAGGACAGAAACAGUAGUAGAGAAGCUGCUCACCAACUGGAUGUCCAUCUGUCUGUAUGCUUUUGUAAGGGACUCUGUCGGGGAGCCGCUCUAUAUGCUCUUCCGGGGAAUCAAGCACCAAGUAGAUAAGGGACCAGUGGACUGGGUGACAGGGAAAGCCAAAUACACCCUGAAUGAUAACCGCCUUCUGCGAGAGGAUUUGGAGUACCGGACUCUGACUUUAAAUGCUCUGUCUCAAACUGAAGCUACUGUGGGAGAGGCAGAGGAUUCUCAGGGUGUCUCUGUGAAAGUGCUAGACUGUGACACUAUAACACAGGUGAAGGAGAAAAUCCUAGAUCAGAUCUAUAAAGCAACGCCAUAUUGUCACCGCCCCGACCCAGACUCCCUGGACCUUGAGUGGAGAUCAGGUCUGGCUGGUCACCUGAUCCUUUCCGAUGAGGAUGUGACCUCUGUCAUUCAGGGAACCUGGAAGCGCCUGAACACUCUUCAGCACUACAAGGUGCCUGAUGGAGCAACUGUAGCUCUGGUCCCACGUCUGACCAAACAUAUCCCCAGGGAGAAUCAGGAUUACUUCCCUGGAGAGAAAACGCCGAUGCUGGAGGAUGCAGAUGAGGGUGGAAUAAAACUUUGGCACCUAGUAAAACCAACUGAAGAGCCAGAGCUCCCCAAACACAGGCGAGGAAGCUUACGGGAUCGGGAGCGAGCCAAGGCCAUUCCUGAAAUUUAUUUGACACGUCUCCUCUCUAUGAAGGGGACCCUGCAGAAGUUUGUGGAUGACUUGUUCCAGGUAAUCCUCAGCACCAGCCGCCCUGUCCCUCUGGCUGUCAAAUAUUUCUUUGACCUGUUAGAUGACCAAGCAAUGCAUCAUGGAAUCCUGGACCCUGAGACCAUUCAUAUCUGGAAGACAAAUAGCCUACCCCUCAGGUUCUGGAUCAACAUAAUCAAAAAUCCACAGUUUGUGUUUGAUGUGCAGACAUCGGACAAUGUAGAUGCCGUGCUCCUGGUCAUUGCCCAGACCUUCAUGGAUUCCUGUACUAUUGCCGACCACAAGCUGGGGCGGGACUCGCCAAUCAACAAGCUGCUCUAUGCCCGGGACAUUCCUCGCUACAAGCAGAUGGUAGAAAGGUACUAUGCGGACAUUCGCCAGACCAUCUCCGCCAGUGACCAGGAAAUGAACUCUGCCCUGGCUGAGCUGUCAAGGAAUUACUCAGGUGAACUCAAUUCCGUGGUGGCUCUGCAUGAACUCUACAAAUACAUCAACAAGUACUAUGACCAGAUCAUCACAGCCUUGGAAGAAGACCCGACAGCCCAGAAGAUGCAGCUGGGAUACCGACUGCAGCAGAUCGCAGCUGCUGUGGAGAACAAAGUCACUGAUUUGUGA